CAGGUAGAUAACCGACCCGGUUGACAAUUCCUCACACACAAUCUCGACCAGUUCACUGAACCUUUAUCAUCAUGAACCGGUACCUGUCUAUCCCCCUGUGCUUGGCAAGCGCUGUUCCUGCGCUAGCGGGUCUGGCGGCCCGCGACCCCAUUGGCACCAUCUGCACCAAGAACAACAUCAUCACCACCGACGACUUCAUCCUCUACAACAAUCUCUGGGGUGAGGACUAUGCGACCUCUGGCUCGGAGUGUACCUACCUCGACUAUGACAGCGGUAACUCCAUCUCGUGGCAGACAUCAUGGACCUGGGCCGGCGGCGACGACUACGUCAAGAGCUAUCCCAAUGCCGUCCUGAACGUCGGUGCUAAGCAGCUGAGCACGAUCACGACGAUUCCCUCUACCUGGAAGUGGAGCUACACCGGCGAUGACCUCGUCGCUGACGUCUCCUACGAUGCCUUCCUGGCCACCACGGACUCCACAACGGCCACCCACGAGUACGAGAUCAUGAUCUGGCUCGCCGCCUACGGAGGCAUCGAGCCCAUCGGCAACUCGGACGGUCCUAUCGCCAGUCCCACUAUUGGUGGCUACACCUGGGAUCUCUACGAAGGACCCAACGACUGGACCGUGUAUAGUUUCGUGGCCCGCGAGACUAUCACGGACUUCUCGGCGGAUCUUAUGGAGUUCUUCACUUAUCUGGUUGAUAAUGAGGGCGUCUCGUCGAGCUUGUAUCUGCAGACCCUGGGUGCGGGUACGGAGCCGAAGACGGGCUCUGAUGCUUGGUUUACCGUUGCGCCGUACACUAUUAGCAUCAACACUUAGUGGUUGAGGUAUUUUGAGAGUUACGGGAGAGUUGUUAGGAGGGAGAGAAAUGGCG